GCUUGUUUUCUCCUGACUCCUGUCCAACGUUUUCUCGGUAUGAUUACUGCGGUACUUGUCUUCACCAUGCCCCACGGUCUAGGAAUCCUGGUUGCCAUCUCUGCCUUGCUACCAGUGGGGUACUCUCUCCAGUGCACAUCAUGCAUAGGCACUUUGUCUUGCCAAGGAAACAGUGUAACCUGUCCGUCUGAUUAUGUCUGUGCAUCUGCAUACAUGAAAACCACUGCAGGUGGAAACCCGGUUUUAGAUGUCAUUAGAUCGUGUCAACCAGUGAGCAAGUGUUUUGUAUUUGGAAGUAUCAGCGUUUUAACUUCUACUAUCAAGUUUUGGACUUCAUGUUGUUUCAAUGACAACUGUAUCCCAACGCUGACACCAUUAUCACCUGAUAGUUCUCAGUUAAAUGGAGUGACGUGUCCUACAUGCAUUUCUUCUUCUUCUACUUGUGAUUCUGGACCAACCCUGCGAUGCACCGGGAUAGAGACUGUGUGCGCUCAACACACCGUGACAGUAAAUAACGGUAUUGCAAGUUUCUUUGCAUCAUUUCGUGGCUGCUUCUCUCAAAGCCUCUGUGAUGUAGGCAGCUUUUCUGCGAACAUUGAUGGAAAACAGCUUACUUAUACUUUUUUGUGCCCUGCUGUAAAUCCAGUCGCUCUGAGUUCUCGCUCCUGCAUAUUGUGCCAUACGAGUGGGACAUUCUGCAUUGGAAGCAGCGUGAUCUGCCCCACCGGCUACGUCUGCGCAUCCGUACUUCAGUCUGUCACUAGAGGCAAUGUACAGGAUUCGACUUUCACUAGAUUGUGUCAGCCCCAGAGCGUAUGUUCUAAAACCGGAAGUAUCAGCUAUUUAGGGGGUAAACUCAAGAUGGCGACAUCCUGCUGUGACAGUGACAACUGUACCCCAGCACCGCCAACAUUGCCAGUGGACAAUUCUGAGAAAAAUGGAGUGAAGUGCCCAAGCUGCUCAGCUUUAAAUGCCUUGACCUGUGAUCCUUCUCAAGACUUAUACUGCACAGGGAGCGAGACUCAGUGUGCCAAAAACCAACGGAUCAUCAUUAAUGGUGGCAUGAUCAAUCAGGAGGUGAUCGUUGGUUGCUCCACGCCCGCUGUAUGCGAAGUUGGCGGCUUUUUUGUGAACACCAGUAGCCUAAAGCUGGGCAUGACAUUCGAAUGCAGCCCAGCAAAAAGUAGUGCAAGUGCUGCUUUUUCUCAUGGAUUUAAAUGUACACUUGUGUCUUUAAUUAUGCUGAUUAAAUAUGCGUUUGAGAAAUUGCCAGAUGAUAGCACUCAGCCUAACGGAGUGGUCUGCAAAACCUGUACAGCCAACGACGCUGAAUGGUGCGACACCGAAGAGACCAUGAAAUGCGUCGGCAACGAGACCAAGUGCAUCCUGCAAAUAACCUCCAUGACAGGAACAUUGACACAACAGUCAGUCCUCCGUGGUUGCGCAACUCAGAGUAUUUGCAAUAUCGGCAAUGAAUCUAACCAUCCUAAGUAUUACCUACUGAAUAAUUUCACAAUGAGGUCCGGACUUGGAUUGCUGUGUAUCUUUUCAGUGUUUGCUCAUACAGCUUUUUCGCUGACUUGUCAAAAAUGUGUCGGAAUGGGUACUCAAUCAUGUGAUGGCUUAAGCGUCACUUGCUCUGCCGACGAAGCCUGUGGAGCUUCAUAUACCGUAACAACUGCAAAUUCAACCGAACUUAAAGUUUAUGCACGAGACUGUUUGCCCAAGAAACACUGUGAUUUGCAAGGAAGUGUGACUGCUAUUACUAAUACCAAAGUAAAGAUGGUGAUGAGCUGCUGCUUCACUGAUGACUGUGUCCCAGAACUGCCAGAACUACCCGAGAACAACGAUGAACCCAACGGACUGUCUUGUCGAACCUGCUACAGCGUCGACUCUAGCUGGUGUUCCAGCACUGACACCAUAGCUUGCAAAGGCAAUGAAAACAUGUGCCUUCUCCAGUCCACAAAACUGAGAGGAAUUAUUAAUGUUCAGACAUCCUACCGCGGUUGUUCCACAAAAAGUAUCUGCAGCAUCGGAAGUCAGUCUUUGGCAAGUGGCGGUUUCAAUAUUGAUUAUAGUUUCUUAUGCACUAGAACAAAAUAUUGGUAAGGGGCUUUUCUGAUUUCCUUUCCAGUAUUUGUGGAAAUCGUACUGGUUAAAAAAAAUAAAUGGUAAAAUCCUGUGUUAUAAUAUACAGUUGAAUUGUUAAUACUAAAAGUGUGAUUUCAAGUGAAAUUGUGAAUUUCAAAAACUAGUGUAAUGUUCAUGGUGAUUUUGCAAAUUAAAUAGAACGAUUAUAAAAAAA